AUGUCGGACGAUGGAGAGAUAGAGUUUUUAGAUGAAGAUGCGGAGAUAGUACAACAAUGCGUUCAAACUGUGGAAGUAGAACCCUUGGUUCCUCAAGGGCCUUUAGUGGAAACAACGCUUUUAGUGGAACGGGUUAAAAAUGAAAGACCAAGGAGAAAAAGAAAGAAAGAGGAAGAUUCAGAUUAUGAUCCGACAGAAGAUAUAACUCAACGACCUAGGAAAAAGCGACAGCAAAAUUUUCCGCGACAAGGUGCACCGCGAGGGCGUCCGUCACAUUCCUCUUAUUUGCAACGAACCGAAAUAAAAGAGGUUCGAAAACCAAAAAAACUAGUACCGAAACUCGAUUUCAUUGACCGUAAAAAGCUUGACAUAAGGAUUCCAGACUAUGAUGAUCCCCUGUGUUUGCCUGUCCGCGCGUUAAAGAAAGAUGAAUGGGAUGCCAGGAAAUUGAGAAACUGGAAUAACUUAUGCUUAGAACACUUUAAACAUUUUGAUAAUCCUUUAAGAGCGGAGAAAGAACUAACUACUUCUUCCAAAAGAACUGUUGUAUUGAGGAAUAUGCAUAAUAAAAUGACAGGGAAACUUGAAACAACAAUGUACAGCAAAAUAUGUGUGGAAAACAAAAAUGAAGAUAAAAGAUCAGAAGUUAUUCAAUCGGUACUUCCUAAAUAUAGGGAGAAAAAACUCCUAAACUCAUUUAAUUUACUCGAAGUCAAAAAACGAAGGUCAUUUAAUCAUAAGGAUGAGGUUUUGCUAACGAAGGAAGUUAAUAAAGAAGUGGAAACACUUGUUGUUUAUAAACCAGAAGAGAAAUUGUCUUUAGUCUACAAAAUGUUUGAGAAGAAAGGUGAUGAAGUUAUUGAUAAAGAUGAUGAAGAUAAAAAGUAUCUAAGAGAAAUAGCAAGCUGUAGAACUUGUGCUCCCUGCUAUCAAACAUCUUGGAGAGGAUUUAAAAAAAAUAAUAAAAAAAGUAUUCGCUGUCAGAUAUGCAUGCGUCCUUGCAUCAGUGUGUAUAAUUUGUUGGCACAUCUCAAAUGCCACACCGAGCAUGAGAUCAAAUCAAGUAAACGAGCCAUUUCCAGAAGUUUAGCUUCGGCAGUAGAAUAUCAUUACAAAUGCAGAAUUUGUCAGGAACAGUUUCUAAGUAUAAAGGAGUUGAGACAACAUGUUAAUGCACAUAAAGGUACUGAGACAUUUAAGUGUGAAGUUGGAAGCCAUUAUACAACG